AUGUCGCGGGCGUUCGGGAAAAUAAGCGAAUACAAUUUAAAAUCGGGCAAUUGGACCCUAUAUGUGGAGAGGUUAGAAAUGUAUUUCAAAGUGAACGCGAUUGACAAAGAUUUGUGGUUACCCAUGCUGAUAGCAGGAAUAGGUGACGAGACGUACGAAUUAUUGAGCAGUUUGGCGAGUCCCAAGAAACCGGCAGAAUUAACAUAUGAUAAUGCAGUGUCAUUGUUACGUAAUCAUCUGCAACCUAAACCGUCCGUAAUGGCGGAACGCUACCGGUUUAGACAACGAAGACAAGGAGCCAACGAAAAUGUAUCACAGUAUGUCUCGGAACUCAAAAAACUAGCAAAAUACUGUGACUUUGGUGGAAACCUAGAAGAGAAUCUUCGCGACCAAUUGGUUUGCGGGUUAAAAUGCGACAUGACACGUCAACGACUGUUCGCCAAAGAUAAUUUAAGCUAUGCGGGAGCAGUGAGGUUAGCGACGGCGUGGGAGGCGGCGGAGCGGGAUGCGGCGGCGAUGGAUCCGGCAGGCGGAGCGGCGGCGGCGGCGGCGGCCGAGGCGCCCAGCACCAGCGGCACGGGUGCGGGUGCGGUGCAUGCGCUGAGUUCAGCGGGGGGCCGCGGCCGGGGGCGCGGAUCGCAGCCAGGCCCGGGGCGGGAGCCAGGGCGUUGCGACGCCUGUGGAUCCAGAGACCACAGGAAGGAAGGGUGCCGAUUUCGUCAUUUCGUCUGCAGCCGGUGUUCUGGCCUCGGGCACCUGAGACGCGUAUGUCCCCAGCGGAGAGGUCAAAGUACAGUACGAGGGCGAGGACGACGCGGGGUUAACCAUGUAGCCGCUUCGCAAACCGCGGAGUCGGAAGAAAAUAGCCCGUCGGAGCUGGAAGAGGAGCUGAAUCAGUUAUCAUUGAACAGUUACAGACCGGUGAGCAUACCAAUGUGUAUUGAUGGUGUUAAAAUUGACAUGGAAGUGGAUACAGGUUCGGCGGUGACAUGUAUUAGUGAAGCUACCUAUUUUAAAAAUUUUUCAAAGAGACCAUUAGAAAAAUGUCAAUUAAUACUUAAGUUUUACGAUGGUAGUAAGAUUAAGCCCGUAGGGAUGAUAAAACCGACAGUGAACUAUCGAGGCACUAGUAAGAAUUUAGAACUAUACGUAAUAGGCGGCGGCACAACAUCUCUGUUGGGUCGUCAUUGGUUGGCCGAAAUGAAUAUAAAAAUUCCGUCAUUGAGAGUCGAGCCUAAUUUUAAUUGUAAUUUAGAAGAACCUGCCUCUGAUAGCUUAAAAUCGUUACUCGACAGACAUGAGGAGUUGUUCAGCGCGGGGCUGGGACGGUUCACGGGCGGGCGCGCCACGCUGCGGCUGCGCGCCGGCGCCGCGCCCGUGUUCUGUCGCGCGCGGCGCCUGCCCUACGCGCUCCGCGGCCCCGUGGACGCGGAGCUGGACGCCAUGCUGCGCGAGGGCAUCAUCGAACCCGUCGACACUUCGGACUGGGCGACGCCGCUCGUACCGGUGCGUAAGGCAGACGGAGGACUCCGGAUUUGUGCUGACUACAAGGUAACUUUAAACCCUGUCUUACUGGUCGAUAGAUAUCCUUUGCCGAAGAUCGACGAUUUACUGGUCAAUCUAAAUGGGGCUCAGAUUUUUUCUAAAAUAGAUUUGUCGCAAGCAUACAACCAAAUAGAAUUAGAUGACUCGAAGGCACUCACCGUUAUCAACACCCAUCGGGGUCUGUUUAAAUAUAAUAGGUUAGUUUUCGGUUUAGCGUCGAGUCCAGGGAUAUUUCAGCGCAUUAUGUCGACGUUACUGAAAGGUAUACCGGGAGUGGAAAUAUUUUUAGAUGAUAUCAUCAUCGGAACUAAGGGUGACCAAAAACAACAUUUAAAAAUAUUAGAGGAAGUAUUAAACAGAUUGAAAUUAAAUGGCAUGAAGCUUAAAAGAAAUAAAUGCCACUUUAUGCUAAAAGAAGUCAAGUACCUGGGUUAUAUUAUAUCGAGCGAGGGAGUAAAGGUGGAUGAAGACAAGGUGGCUGCGGUUUUGAAGAUUCCCCGUCCCAGGGAUGUGCCCCAACUACGCUCGUUCCUAGGGUUGAUAAAUUUUUAUGCUAAAUUUGUAAAGAACGUUAGUAGUGUGUUAGCACCCUUAUAUGAAUUGUUAAAAAAGGGCGUGGGUUGGAAGUGGAGCGCGGAAUGUGAACGGGCAUUCGUAAAGAUAAAAGAUAUUUUGACGAGUGCACCGGUGCUAGCUCAUUAUGACACAAAUAAGCCGUUGGUGUUGACGUGCGACGCGAGCGCGGUAGGUAUAGGCGGAGUGCUGACGCAGGCGGCGCCGGACGGUAGCGAGCGAGCGGUCGUGUAUGUUUCGCGCGCGUUAACUUGCAGCGAAAAACAUUAUUCACAGAUUGAUAAAGAAGCGUUAGCGAUAGUUUAUUGUUUAAAAAAAUUACACCAAUACCUUUAUGGUAGACGUUUUACUCUGCGCACCGAUCAUAAGCCAUUGGUGUCCAUUUUUGGGCCUAAAUAUGGUGUACCGGCGAUGGCAGCGAGCCGUUUGCAACGUUGGGCGAUAAUAUUAUCUGCAUAUACGUACGAUAUUGAAUAUGUGAAUACGAGAGAUAACGGAGCCGACGGCCUUUCUCGAUUGGUCGCGCCAGCGGUGAAUGAGGAGUCUUGUGACGUUCCGGAACAGUCUUAUUUACAUUUCGCACAAGAUGCAUUGUUACUCGAUUAUAAUAUGAUUAAAAAUCAGACGAUGCGUGACCCGUUGUUAAGCAGAGUCUUGUGUUAUAUUAGGGACGGUUGGCCUGGGGAGAGUGAAAUAAGAGAGAUGCAGCCUUAUUAUAACCGGAAAAAGGAACUGUAUGAGGAAUUAGGGUGUGUUAUGUGGGGGUACCGCGUAGUCAUUCCGGAGGGUUGUCGGUCUAGGGUGUUAGCGGAACUGCACGAAGCGCACAUGGGCAUCGUAAAAACGAAGGCGAUGGCCCGCAGCUACGUGUGGUGGCCCGGCGUGGACGAGGCGGUGGAGGCGGCGUGCCGCGCGUGCGGCGUGUGCGCGCGCGAGGCGGACGCGCCGCCGCACCACGCUGUAGCGUCGUGGCCAUGGCCCGGCAAACCAUGGACACGCAUCCAUAUCGAUUUUUUAGGACCUCUAUUCAAUAAACUUUAUUUAAUAGUGGUCGAUGCCCACACUAAAUGGAUUGAGGUAUUUCCAGUUCCUAGUACAGCAGCGUGCCAUACUAUCGAUAAAUUGAAAGAAUUAUUUGGGAGAUUUGGGCUGGUUAGGCAGCUGGUGUCCGAUAAUGGACCGCCUUUUCAGUCCAAAGAAGUGGCGGAUUUCCUAAAAAACCAUGGAAUAGAACAUAUAUUUUCCGCUCCGUACCACCCGGCAUCCAACGGUGCCGCCGAAAAUGCAGUACGAACUAUCAAAAAGGCUAUUAAAAAAGCGGUCGGUCAAAAUAUGAAUGUGAUGUCCUUUGUAAACACUUUCCUUUUACAUUACAGGAAUACAGAACAUUGUACCACGGGAGUUAGUCCCGCAUCGUUAAUGUUAGGUCGAAGGUUAAGAACUAAAUUAGAUAUGAUUAGGCCGGAUAAGGAAAAUAGAGUGAGGGAAAGGCAGGAGAAACAAAAAGAGUCGCGGGGUGGUGUGGAACGCACUUUAGAACCGGGCGAGGAAGUAUGGUUGCGACAAUAUGCGGGCCAGCAAAAAUGGGUUCCAGGAAGAGUAUCACUAAAGCUAGGCACAACUGAUUAUCGAGUGGUAGACGAUAUCGGCAAAGAAUCUCAUAGACAUAUUGACCAGUUAAGACGUAGGGUGAGCAGCCAAAUACGGAGUUCUUCGGAGCCAUCGCAUACCGUGGACGAGGCGGAGGGCGCCGUCCCCGUCCCAGGUGUGGAGGAGGCGGUGGCCGACACGUCUGCACUCUCGAGACGAGGUUCCUUGGCGGUCACUGGCGAAGCCCAGCCAGUUUCAGAAAACGACAGCGAAGGUCCAAGACUUGCGGUAACAGUCCCACCACCAAUUGAACCUUCUCGGUCUCGUCCUAUACGUCAAUGUCGUUUAAAGAAUAAGCCAUUGUUAAAUACUAGUUAA